AAUAUUUAUUAGUACAUUAUUUAAUUUGAUUUUUGUGUUCAUUUCACUCUCAAUUUCCUUACAACUCAAUUACUCAUAAGCUGAGCGUAUUUUUGAAUAAUGAAUCAGUAUGACAUUAGGAAUUAUGAAAAUUCGCGAGUAUUCCUAACACAAGACGACAAAAACCAUGUUUGCACAGCUCCAGGAUUACCCAAAUAUGAAAUUGAAAAAAAGUACCGACAUUUAGAGUGCCCAUUACAAAAGGCAGUCAAAAAGAACUAUAUACCAAGUCCCCGUCCCAAGAUAGUGGUAUCGUGCGAGCCCUCAGAACAUGAGGAAAUAUUUCCCGAGGAUGAAGAAAGUACCAAGCCCGUCUCAGAAAGGAGCAUGAACUUAAAGGAUAUUCUAGAAGAGGUUAAGCUCAUAAAACGACGAGUGAACCGAUUAAAUCAUCUAUUGAAAACCGAUGUAGCAGAGUGCCCGACUAUAAAAACUUGCUAUGACGAUUUAAUGUCACAACUCUACGAAGCUAGUCCACUCAUUCUUGAGCUUCAAAUCAAUAGCCAUAAGUUGGACAUCCAACUUCCCCAGUUGCUAUCUGCUCGUGAAUGUACUGAAAUGAACCUUAAAAUGAACCGUGAUGCCCUUUGCAGGGAUAAGAAAAUAGCUGAUGCUUUGCUAAAACGAUUGGGGAAUCUGGACUCCUUCCAAAGGACUAUGGAAAAAGAGCAGGCGCUUUGCCUCGAACGAUAUCGGCACGUGGAUAGAGAGAAACUAGAUGGAAUGGAAUUCGAUAGGGAUUCGGAAAAAUGGGAGAGGCUUACCGCUUACCAGAUAUUAAAUGUAGCAAAUAAGAAUAAUUACCAGAAAACGAAACGUUUAGUCUUUAAACAGAUUAACCAUCUGAAGCAGUCCUCUAAAGAACUUCAUUUUAUCUUGAUAAAAGAGAUGAAUAUUGCAAGAAUUGAAGUUUUUGGGCUCAGUGGAAGCUCCUCUGGACCCAUUGAGGGUAGAGACAUUGAAAAUGCAUCAACUGUACUUAGCUUCAAAGCUUAACGAGAAAAAGACUGGAAGGUUGUCUGUCAGAAUACUUCAGAGAAAUUUGCGGUCUUUUUCUUGUUAGGUUUUUUAAUUUCUAAAUAAAACUUAUACUACAAAAUAGA